CUGCUGCAUUAACUUGUGCUGCCUGGCAGCCACUCGCAGCUCCUCCGCGGCGCUGUGUUCCCUCCUCCUCGGACUCGCUCACACGCUCCCCCCACCCCAAGGCCUCCGUCGAACUCCACACGGACUCACAAGUCAUCCAUAUCCUCCCCCUUUUUUUUGUUGGACUCACUCCGGGGGAAAAAAAAAAGAACAAGAAGCCCACACCAGCGCUCAUUAUGGCGACAGCGGCGGUGUCUGCCCCGGCCGGUGGCCCCAACCCCGGCCCGGGGACCGAGCUGGUACGCGGGCAGGCGUUCGACGUCGGGCCUCGCUACAGCAAUCUGUCGUACAUCGGCGAGGGAGCCUACGGGAUGGUGUGCUCAGCGUACGACCGCGACAACAAGCUUCGCGUGGCCAUCAAGAAGAUCAGCCCUUUCGAGCACCAGACGUACUGCCAGCGCACGCUGCGCGAGAUCAAGAUCCUGCUGCGCUUCAAGCACGAGAACAUCAUCGGAAUCAACGACAUCAUACGCACGCCCACCAUCGAUCAGAUGAAGGAUGUUUACAUCGUGCAGGACCUGAUGGAGACGGACCUGUACAAGCUGCUGAAGACCCAGCACCUGAGCAACGACCACAUCUGCUACUUUCUCUACCAGAUCCUGCGAGGCCUCAAGUACAUCCACUCAGCCAACGUGCUGCACCGUGACCUCAAGCCCUCGAACCUCCUGCUCAACACCACCUGCGAUCUCAAGAUCUGCGACUUCGGCCUGGCCCGCGUGGCCGACCCGGACCACGACCACACCGGCUUCCUGACGGAGUACGUGGCCACGCGCUGGUACCGAGCGCCCGAGAUCAUGCUCAACUCCAAGGGUUACACCAAGUCCAUAGACAUCUGGUCAGUGGGCUGCAUCCUGGCUGAGAUGUUGUCCAACCGGCCCAUCUUUCCCGGGAAACACUAUCUGGAUCAGCUCAACCACAUUCUCGGUAUCCUGGGCUCUCCUUCUCAGGAGGACCUCAACUGCAUCAUCAACAUCAAAGCCAGGAACUAUUUACUGUCUCUGCCGGUGCGCUCCAAAGUGCCCUGGAACCGCCUCUUCCCCAACGCUGACGCCAAAGCAUUGGAUCUGCUGGACAAGAUGCUCACCUUCAACCCCCACAAGAGGAUCGAGGUGGAGGAGGCCCUGGCGCACCCCUACUUGGAGCAAUACUACGACCCCACGGACGAGCCCGUCGCCGAGGCGCCGUUCAAGUUCGACAUGGAGCUGGACGACCUCCCCAAGGAGACGCUGAAGGAGCUCAUCUUUGAGGAGACGGCACGCUUCCAGCUCGGCUUCCGGUCCUAACGCCUCACGCCAGGUCAGGAAAUGAUGAUUUGCCAACGCUGCCCCCCCCCUCACUCCCAGGCCCCGCCUCCUCAACACUGUUGUUGCGCUUUUUCUUUUUUUUUUUUUUGCUUCCGUUUUGUUUCUCAAAAGCUUCGGCUGUCGCUCAUCAAGUCCACUUUGCUCAGGAAUGGCGUCAGGAAUCAAUCAGUCUGUCGUUCUGGGAUGAGGGAGGGUGAUCCAGGGGCUCGGCUUUUGGGGGUCCAUUGCAGCUCGGGCGAUUUUCAUCCCCCCCCCCCUUACGUUUCCUUUAAAAGGCUUUCUUUGGAGGAGGGGGGAGGGUGCGGGGGGUUGUCACCUGCACAUCACGCGGCCCCCACCCCCAAGAAAGUGUUAUAUGCAGAGUUGACAUCAUCAGCCAGAAAAAAAAAAAAGCCAUGGUUCUGAUGGUUCUCCUCCAGAAUCAUCUUUUUAUUGUACAUGAAGCUUCUGUUUUCGCCUUUGCUGGUCAGCACAGGGCAGUCUUAAUGUGUUUGAAAGGGAAAGAACGAACCCAAAUAGUUUAUCCUUUCUAAGUAGUAAAAUAUGUGUUUAUGUUGGGAAACUGACUCUAUUUUCCUUGCGUGCGUGUGCGCGCGCCUGCAGUGAAAUCAAGUGUGCCCCCUCUGCAUGACUGUUAGCAGCUGUGUAUACAAAGAGCAUGUCAAGUGCCACACGGGCCUUUACCGUUCCGCCUCCAACAAGGUGCUUCAACCUCUCAUUUUGACUUAAAUAAAGAAAUUGUUUUGUUUUUUAGCUUGGCCGCCGUCCGCCUGCAAACAUUCGGGUCGCGGGAGCAGCGCCUUCGAGAUCCGCGUUCUGGUGUCUGUGAUGGCGCAACCAAAACUCUUGAAAAGCAAAAAAACAAUAAAUGCUCCAAUUAGCUGGCGGCUAACUAAGAAACCGUGGGAGGACAGUUUGAUGACAGGGUUUUGUCCCACCAAACCUCGAAUGGAGGAAAAUGACUCCAAAAGCCGUUGGUUCCGUUCAGAUGUCAACAUAGCACUUCAAAUUAGCUGCUUGCUCUGAAUAGUUUGCUUUUUACCCACAAAUUUGAAUGCAGCACGGAGAUCAUUCAACUCGACACGAGUGUCGUGACAUUUUCCUCAAAGAAUAGAAUGAGUGUGAAUAAGUUUGACCAAA